CCCAGCUCUGGGAUGACACUGGCCCAAAGCUGAUGAGUCUGUGCACACUGGAAGAGGCGGGGCUCAUGUGUAAUACAGCAUGGUGAGGGGGAGGAGGAGUUGCUUAUGUAACUGGAAUUGCUGAUUUAGCAGAAGGAGAGGAGACAGAGGCUGGGGAUGGGAGCAGUGAACUGUCGGCAGGGGCAACACACCCGAGUGGCUGCUCCUUGCAAGGUAGACUGGUGGCAACAAUGGGGUCCCUGGAUCCGAGGCUGGGAGAGCCUCUGGUCUGGGGUGGGGACUAUCAGGUCAGGUUUGGAAGAAGUAUGGGAACUACAAGGGCAUCAAUGCCUGCACCAGGAGUCCCUACAGCCAGCCCCAGUGCUAAUAGAGAAGCCUCUGUCUGAGUGGCCAGUGCCUCGGUUCAUCAACCUCUUUCUGCCAGAAUUUCCCUUGAGGCCCAUUAGGGGGCAGCAGCAGCUGAAGAUUUUAGGCCUUGUGGCUAAAGGCUCUUUUGGAACUGUCCUGAAAGUGACAGAUUGUGCCCAGAAAGCUGUGUUUGCAGUAAAGGUGGUACCCAAGGUAAAAGUCCUACAGAGGGAUACUCUGAGGCAGUGCAAAGAGGAGGUUAGCAUCCAGCGACAGAUCAGCCAUCCUUUUGUCCACAGCUUGGGAGACAGCUGGCAGGGGAAACGGCACCUCUUCAUUAUGUGUAGCUACUGCAGCACAGAUCUGUACUCCCUGUGGUCUGCUGUCAGCUGCUUUCCAGAAGCCUCUGUCCGUCUCUUUGCAGCUGAGCUGGUCCUUGUGCUAUGCUAUCUCCAUGACUUGGGCAUCAUCCAUCGAGAUGUAAAGAUGGAGAAUAUCCUUCUGGAUGAACGAGGCCAUCUGAAACUAACUGACUUUGGUAUGUCCCGCCACCUGUCCCAGGGAGCCCGAGCCUAUACUAUCUGUGGUACUCUUCAAUACAUGGCCCCAGAGGUCUUGAGUGGUGGGCCAUACAACCAUGCUGCUGAUUGGUGGUCCCUGGGUGUCUUGCUUUUCUCUUUGGCAACUGGGAAGUUCCCAGUGGUGGCAGAGAGAGAUCAUAUAGCCAUGUUGGCAAAUGUGACCCACUAUGACUCUGCGAUCCCAGCUUCCCUUAACCAGGAACUCUCACUCCUGCUCCAAGAGCUGUUAUGCCAGAAUCCCCUCCACCGUCUCCGUUAUCUACAUCACUUCCAGGUCCACCCUUUCUUUCGGGGUGUGACCUUUGAUCCAGAGCUUCUACAGAAGCAUCCAGUGAACUUCGUCAUGGAAACACAAGACACCCAGCCUUGUUCAUCAGAAUCUAUGGCCUUUAAGGACUUUGAUGGUGAUCUGGAAUCCUGCCUGGUCCACUCCAUCUCUGCUUCACCAUCUCUACUAUAGACUGGGACCCAGUUGGAAACCUGAGGAUGUACUCCAUUGCCAACUCAGUAUGACCACCGUGAUGAUCCAGUUUUUACUUUGUAGCCUCUUACCAUUCUAUUUUUCUAGGCCUUGGACUAAAGUUUAAAUAUUUGACAUUUUGCUACUGGCAGCCACAAUUGACCCUAGCCCUUCCCCAUCAUACAACCCACCUCUUAUUUCAAAAUCUCAGAUCAGGGUGGUGACUUUCCUUUGCUUCAUUUUUCUCCAGUGCUCUUACCCUUAAACUGUCAAAGACUUCUUCCACUUUUCCCUCUCCUUGUUUCUCUGCCAUGUUUCCUUUCUCAGGCAAUAAUGAUACUUCCUGGGCUUCCAAGAUGGUACUUAUAUGUUUUAAUAGCCCAGUCAGAAGCAAUAUGUGUAUUUUUCAAAGGUUUCAAAAGCUGGUAUUUCAACACCUGAAAAAGUGUGCAAGAAAAAAAUGCCAUCUGGAGGCUUGAGGCCAGUCUUUAAUAAUCUAAUUUUUAAAAAUUAGAAAGUGAAUCUAAUAGCCUAAUGUGAAAAAGUAGAAACUGAAACUUGGAUGGGUUGUCUUCUCUAGAGAUAACUGGAACAGCCAACCUAAUCCUUUCCAGAACAAAACCUCCUUAAAAGAUACAAGGAUUAUUAAACUGAUAAUUUCUACACAGCCCAGAAUUCAGUUUUUGAUGGGCAAAUCAAGAAAUUGAGUCAUUACAUCAACCUGAAGACUUAAGAUCAGAGAUGUAUCUCAUGAACCUUUUCCUUUGGUAAGGAAAAUCAUCUGGAUUUGGAACUUACAUACAUUUCUGGCCUUUAUGAUUUCAUUUUCUUAAACUACUCAGAAGUUCCAUUUUGAUUCUGAUAUUUGAGAGAAACAUAUCCUUUAAUCUAGACCAUACUAUUCUUCAGUUAUAUCUGAUCUCUUUCCAGGCCAAAAAGUAUGGAAAGUGUCCUGUGUACUUCUAUUUAUUAGUCUGCUCUGGAUUAAGACAGAUUUUCACUGUAUAUAACUGGCAUUUUAUUGGGUUCUGCAGAAUUGCUUUUUCUGGAUUGUAUUUUGACAAUCUGUAAAUCUCUAUGAACUUGAUAUUGUAAAUAGGUGUUUGACAUUAUAAUUCAUAAUGUUCUGUGUAAGGAUACACGAGAGAAAUUUUCUUUUGAUCCAAUUGUGUUUUCCUGAAUUGCUGUUUGAUUUUUACCAUAAGGACACUAAAUAUUCCACUGACUGCAUUUUUCUCCACAUACUAUACACUUAGAGCCCAAAUUGGGGCCCAACUCCAGCAAGUGUUUAUUUUGUGUGCUAUCACAUUCUUGAUUCCAUCUUCCUUUUUCUACCUUUAUUUUCCUUAUUCUCCUUUUUUCUGUUUAAUCUUUUUAUAUUACUAUAUUACCUGCAU